CCGGAAGAACGAUGACGUAAGGGUUCGUAGACUUUCUGGAAAGAACGAUUCGCAAGUUAACGACGAAGAUGGCGUUUUUUAACAGUUUUGGUGGUUUUCCUCAUGGUCAUCAUAGCAGAAGUAGAGAAACAGAUAAUACCCUUUACGAUUUACUAGGUGUAUCUAAAAAUGCUUCAGAAACUGAAGUUAAAAAGGCAUAUCGUAAACUUGCCAAACAAUAUCACCCAGACAAAAACCCGGAUGAUGGAGAAAAGUUCAAGGAAAUAAGCUAUGCUCAUGAGGUUCUUACUGAUCCCAGGAAAAAAGAGAUUUAUGACCGAUACGGUAUGGAGGGCCUGAAGGAAAGUGGGCCGGAUGGAGGCCCAGGUGACAUGGAUGAUAUAUUUUCGCAUAUAUUUGGGGGUGGCGGUGGACCCUUUGGGUUUGGAGGUUUUGGGGGAGCACACCAUAGGCAUCGCAGGAGGAAAGGUGAAGAUAAAAUGCAUCAACUUAAGGUUUCUUUAGAAGAUAUGUAUAAUGGAAAAACAUCCAAGCUUCAACUUAGUAAAAAUGUUAUAUGUAAGAAAUGCAAAGGGUACGGUGGUAAGCAAGGCACUAAACGUCAUUGUAGCCCGUGCAAUGGUCGUGGAAUACGGAUAACAAUGCGGCAGAUUGGGCCAGGUAUGGUUCAGCAACAGCAGUCUGUUUGUUCCGAGUGUCGGGGUGAAGGUGAAGUUAUGAGAGAGAGCGACAAGUGUCGAGAGUGUGAUGGCCGAAAAACUAUCAAGGAGACCAAGAUAUUAGAUGUGCACGUCGAAAAAGGAAUGAGAGAUGGGCAGAAGAUAUAUUUGAGAGGAGAAGGGGAUCAACAGCCCGACGUUGAGCCAGGUGACAUAAUUAUCAUUCUGGAUCAGAAAGAGCAUGACGUGUUCAAACGGCAGGGCGUUGACCUCCAUAUAAAACACAAGAUCAGCAUAACCGAAGCACUUUGUGGAUUUAGUUUCAAACUAACGCAUCUUGAUGGACGUGAACUGAUCGUUAAGAGCCAUGCAGGGAGUGUUGUUAAACCUGAUUCAAUGAAGUUAGUAGCAGAUGAAGGAAUGCCUAUGUACCAAAGCCCUUAUGAGAAGGGUAAUCUCAUAGUAAAGUUUAUAGUAGAGUUUCCAGAAAAUUCUUUUCAAACACACGAAAAACUGCUGGAAAUAGAGAAUUUUCUACCGAAAAGGCCACCACCUCAACAUCCAGAAUCAAAUGAUGCUGAAGAUAUCAUGUUGAUGGACCUUGAUCCAAAUUACCGCGACGGAAAAUCACGCUCGGCAGCUUACCAAGAGGACGACGAUGACGAUCCAAGAAUGGGUGGUGGACAUGGAGUACAGUGUCAACACCAAUAGAAACCCAUUGUAUAUUAUACAUUAGCUGAAUGUGUAAAAUAAUUUGUUUUGUGAAGAACAUAGUAGUUGUUACUGUUUUUUACCAACCAAUCCCAAGCGUCCUUUUUUUUAUAUAUUGACUGAAAUUAUACCUCUAACAAUAAUACCGAAUGAUUUUGUCUAAACAUUAUGUCACCAAUAACAGCCGCUUUUGAAUUGACGGUUUUUGCUAUGUUUUGCUGAUUAUGCAUUUUUUUUUUUCGGUGUUAAAAGAUUGUUUUGACGUGCGUUCAUUCUGAAGCUCGGGCAAAUCAAAGAAGUCAAGAUUAUUGUAAUUUCAAUAUUUUUAUUUAUUUUUAUUUUAGAUUUUGUAAUUUAUUAUACUGUACACUAAAUAUUUGAAUUAGAAUACACACUCACUCUCAUUUUGAAAUCCAAAAUAAAUGUUACCUCUAGGAUCCUAAUAAAGUUGUAUUGUCAAGUACAUUUAAUCGUAUAUAAAUUUAUUUUCUUGUAAUCCAAUAUUGAUGUCCAUAUGUUACUUGGUUAUUAAAAUAAUAUAAAUUACUCUCAUAAGAAGAAAUAUUUUGUUUAUAACUAAUGCAUGAUGCUUUUUUUUUUUUUUUUAGGAAAAGUAUUUAAGACUUGUUUUGGUUUAUUGUUUAGUCCGGUCCCACAUUAGGGAGGCAAAGUAUGGAAAUGAAAGUAAAUUUUACGCAAAGCAUUGCUGCUUCUUGCAUCUUAUUAGUCAAGUAGACUUGGACAGUCACUUAAAUAUCAGCUGCUAUUGACUGUGUUAGGCCCUGUUCGGACUAUAACAUUUUCUAUGACAGGAAACUGUUGUAUACACUAGUCGGAAUGUACCUAUAUAUGGUCAUGAUGUGAUGUCAUCAUGACCAUAUUAAGGCAUGUCACAUGUUUUUGUCAAAUAAAGUUUAUAGUCUGUAUAGGGCUUUAAAGUGUGGUUAAGGUACCUAAUGUAAUUGCAAAUCUGUUAGUAUGGGGGGGGGCUAACUAAUUUUAUAUCGGAUUAAAGGCUGUAAGUAACCGACGGUUGUCGGCCAGCACAAUUUCUCCGGAGAACACAGUGCCACGAUGCGCGUGCAAUUGAUUGUUUUUAACGAUUGUAACCGACAGCGGAUGGAGUUUGAUUUGUCGUACGAUGCAGUGAGUUCUGGCUGUCGGAUUUUGCGCUAGAUAUGCUCCAGAAGGCCAUUGUUGAUUUUAAAUGUAUGUAAUGUAAUUCUGUGGAUGAUAUUGUUAUGCACUCUCAUAUUAGGGAGCUUUCAAAUUGCGCGACAACGUGACUCUUGAACUGAUUCACUCAUCAUCUGUGACCGUUCUCUAGCAUUUUCUGCAAAACAUAGACUCGGGCCAAAACUGUGUCGUAGAAUUCAGACGUCAACGAGAAUUCAGACAACAACGAGAACUCAACAUUUCCCCGUGGCCAGAUCACCUCUUAGUGACGUCACUAAGUUGUAAGUCCUAUCUUUAUCAUGCAUUCAAAAGCUCCCUACUUGCCACCAUGUGUUUGUAGAAAUUGAAAUACAGUAAUUCAUUUAACAAUUUCAUGUUGAUUCUUAUACUGUAAAUCAGUUAGGUUGUUGUAUGUGGUGUUUAUUUGCUAGCAAGAUACGAGUCAGUAUAACAGUUCUAUCUGGACUUGCAAUUAGAUACUGUCUUUUCUAGCUAUAACUUUAGCAAACUUUCAGGAGAUGUUUAUUAAGCCUUACUUUUACAUUCCUGGUAGAACACGGAGUUUAUAGUUGGGUCUAUCUUUUAUUCAAUUCAGUAUGUUAUUACUGUUUCUAAUUUCAGUAUUUAAAUAAAAAUGCAUCCAUGAAUUCCUGUCAACUGUUUAUUUGAAAUUCUAAAAUAAAAAAAAAUCAACUUGCAAAAUCCUUUCCUAAUUGUCAACACUAUGAAAUUAUGCCAUUAUUAAAUGUUUGUUAUGGUUGGAUAUUGUGUAGUAGCUGUUAAAGCCUUAGACGUCACACAACAUGAUUAUUUUCCCAUCACCUUUUCAAAAUAAGUUAAAUGGGAACUAAUUAUAAUACAUGUGUAUGAACAGUAAUAUACCGUAAAACCUCGUAUUGAAGCCUAAUGAGAAGAAGCCCAUUUUUUAAUUGAACCCCCCCCCC